ACCAGCCGAGCUCGAGUCAGGUACUCGGGUGGUGCGGCUCCCGGACCGAACGAUCGAGGAUAUGGCGACCAAGAAGGGCGGCGCGGCGGCGGGGCUGAAGCAGAUACUGAGGCGGUGCUCGAGCCUGGGGCGGAGACAGCAGCACGGGUACGAGGAGCACGACGAGGAGGAGGAGAGCCUGCCGUCGGACGUGCCGAGGGGCCACUUCGCGGUGUACGUGGGCGAGCGGCGGCGGCGGUUCGUGGUGCCCAUCGCGCUGCUGGACCGCCCCGAGUUCCGCUCCCUGCUGCGGCGCGCCGAGGAGGAGUUCGGGUUCGCCGGAGCCGGCGCCGGCGGCAUCCUCGUUCUCCCCUGCGAGGAGGUCGCUUUCCGCUCCCUCACCUCCGCCCUCGCCUGCGGCGGCGACCGGUGAUCCACCACCCCCCGCCUACGCAGCCGGGCACGUACGGCCAUGCAUGCAUGCAUGUCUAUGUGCAUGCGGCUGGCUAUCCGUUCGAUUCA